CCCAGCAGUGACGUUAGACGAGGCUACCACGAACACAAAGACAACAACAAAGACGGACGGAGGAAAAGGAAAGCUUUAGUGAUCGCUGCUGCUGGAUACCUGACAACAUCACUCCUUGACCAUUACACAAGCACACUAGAAAGAGGACAACCGUUUCAUGAUAUGAAAAACAUUACCAUCAAGCACACAAGUCAAUAUAUGUCAAGAUUCGCUCUGAGCAGAUUCGUUUCAGGUGGCGUAGUUUCCUCGUGGUUGCUGUGUGGAGCCUGCCGCCACACACCCACUCCUCAACAACGACGGCUUUUGCUUGCAUCUUCCAGUGCUUCUUCUGUCAGCAAGUUCAGCAGAGCUGCUGCUCGUCCGCCGCUAGCCCGGACGCCGCAGCCCCCGGCACAUCAGCCAAUCACAGCCCAGAGCCCCGCCCAUGUGACAUGGUGAAGAUGACCAAGUCGAAGACGUUUCAGGCCUACCUGCCCUCGUGUCAUCGCACCUACAGCUGUAUACACUGUCGGGCACACCUGGCCAACCACGACGAACUCAUCUCUAAGUCAUUCCAAGGAAGCCAGGGGAGAGCCUACCUCUUUAACUCUGUUGUGAAUGUGGGCUGCGGGCCGGCCGAGGAGCGGGUUCUCCUAACAGGUCUACAUGCCGUCGCUGACAUCUACUGUGAAAACUGUAAAACCACUCUGGGAUGGAAAUAUGAACAUGCAUUUGAGAGCAGUCAGAAGUACAAGGAGGGGAAGUUCAUCAUCGAGCUGGCUCACAUGAUUAAAGACAAUGGCUGGGAGUGACAUCACUUCCUGUCUCUGGCCCUUUAAUGACCUCUGACCUAUCAGAGCUCUGGAUCUAUCAGACUUCACAGAGCGACAACCAAUCACCAUCAACCACCCACCGUGCCGCCCCCCUCCUAACACAUACACAAACACACCCACACACACACAGUCCCUGCUGGUUGUGAAACUGAACAUGAUGCUGUUGAACUGGAGAGACGACUAGCCUAUUGGAGGUUGGACCUUCAGUGAAGACCAUGUGAUCUCACCAGCCAAUGACAGAGAGCAGGACUUGAAUUGGCUCCUCCUUCAUCAACCAGGCCCCACCCACCUCACUGGCGUUGGCACUUAGUUACACGGCUGCCAUGGCGAUGUGAGAGAGAGGAUAACAUGAUAACGUUCUACUACCCUCUUCCUCCUCUGACCCGGGAGGAAGAGGAGGUGUUGCAGGAAGGAAGGGGACAGGGUGGCACAGUGGGGGGGGGUGGGGGGUUCUCCUUGUGUUUUAAUCUUUGAUUUAUUCGUGAAUAUAUAUUUUUUUCAAUAUUUUUUUUCCAGUCUUUGAUCUUUAAUGAUGACUUCACUGUGUGGGACGUCCCGGUAACACCCCAAAACGUACCCCGAGCAGAGAGGCGGGGAUAGAUUGAUAUUAUAUGUAGAUAGAUAUGUUUUAUCCAACAGCAUUGUGGCUGGCUCCAUAUAGCAACAGUACUAUUAGAUAAGGUUUACCAGAGGAGAUAGAGGGAGGACUAUGUUUCCCAAAUGGCGCUCUCUGCCUUGGUGCACUACCCUAUGGGCCCUGGUCUAAAGUAGAGCACUGUGUAGGGAAUAGGGUGCAAUUUGGGACACUGCCUAGAACAGGCUUGACAACCACAGAACACACCCACGCUUCAUAUUGUGUUACAACCUGAACUAAACUAACCAUCACACCCACGUAGUUCACAACCUGAACUAAACUAACCAUUACACCCACAUAGUUCACAACCCGAACUAAACUAACCAUGCACAUGUAUAGAGUGUAUUUAGAGAUAUGUGAUAUACAUUUGUAUGGACAUUUAUUCUCAUGCGUAUAUAUACAGGUAACUGCCAAAGUAAAGGAAACACCAACAUAUAGCGUCUCAAUAGGGCGUUGGGCCUCCACCAAUCAGAACAGCUUCAGUCCAUCUUGGCAUGAAUUCUACAAGUGUCUGGAACUCUAUUGGAGGGAUGAGACGCCAUUCUUCCAUGAGAAAUUCCAUCAUUUUGUGUUUUUUUGUUGAUGGUGGUGAAAAACGCUGUCUCAGGUGUCGCUCCAGAAUGUCCCGUAAGUAUUCGAUUGGGUUAAGAUCUGGUGACUGAGACGGCCACGACAUAUGGUUUUUCACCCUAAGCA